ACCCCUCUUCUUUUUUUUUCUAUAUUUUUUCCCAUACAAUGGAAACAACUGUGCAAGUCUAUGAGGCAUUCAAUACUUAUCCUUGGAGCUCAGAUAAGUUAUUUCAAAGUGGUCUCUCGAGUAUUUUGAGUCAAGUACCUCAAACAGAAUCGAGUCAAGAUAAACUUCUGAAGGCAAAACACUUUUAUUUUUCAAAGUUUUAUCAAAAUUUUGAAUUGGAGGGAUAUCUGGAAUAUGAAGCGGAAAAGAAUAGGAAGGAGAGAGAAGCAUCAUUCAAACGACUCGAGGAUUAUGACUAUGAGAAUGAUAUAGCAUAUACCAGUGGGUUACCUAACAUCAUUCAUCAUUGGUUAGAGGAGCAAUCUAAGGGAUUGUGGAAUAAAGAGCGUUUAGACAAAGAGUUCAUGAAAGCAAAAGCAUUUUAUUAUCAUUCACAAAUCGAAAAGGUGGAUUUGGCUGCCUAUUUUGCUUGGAAGACAAGUCAAGAGGAAGAGAAUAAACCUGCUUGUCCAUUUGCUAAUUUAUGGCAAAACAAAGUAAAAGUGGGACCUGUAGAUCAGUUAAAUGGGAGUUCAUUCAUCAUGUCCGAAAAGCCAAAAGGAACAGGAGCUCAAAUCAUGACCAUUUCUUCUCCAAAGAGUCAAAACGUGUUCACCAUAGAUCGUUUACAUGAACUCGACGCAAGUCUGGAAGAUGGCAUCAGUCAUCCCCAAGUGACAUCAUUAUUUAUCACAACUACAGUCGCCGAUAAAAGCUUACCAAUCUCUAUGGAUCAGCCUAUUGGGACAAUUGAUACCAAAAUGACCAGCAAAGGUUUAGCCUAUGAAGAAACAUCGGCUCUUGUGUCUGGCUCUGAGCUAAGGGAAACAUCGCUUUACAGACUAGCAAAGACUUAUUAUCGCUUUGUUGAAUCAUCUCUUAAUGCAGAUCCUAAGCUGACAGUGACAUACUCGAAUGGACAGAUUCCCCUGAAUGCUGUCUAUAUCCCAUUGAACUUUCGAUAUAUGCGUGUCAUUACAGAACAUGCUCUCCUCAAUUUCCAGUUGACUGUGUCACAUGCACCUAUCCCACCAUUACUGUUAUUUGCUAUGGCUCGAGCACGCACUAAGCAGUCAUUACCUGCUGGAUUUGAAUUAUAUCUUGCAUUAGCUGUACCUGAAUAUGCUAAGCUUCGAGGUCCUGAAUUAUUGCGAUUAGGCCUUGUAGAUGUGUUUAUACCUGAAGCCAAGUUGAGCGAUGCAAUUGAUACAGCUAAAAAAAUGGCUUUGUGUCCUGCACCGGAUACGAAUGCAGCUAUUCAGCUUGCGUUGGCCAUGUAUCAUUCGUAUGCAGGUCCUGAUCGAUUUUCUGUCUGGGAGAAAUCAAUAGAGACAGUUUUUGGGGCUGCUGAGUCAUUAGAGGAUCUCAAAGAGCGUCUUAGCCAACUAGGCAAUACAUGGAGUAAAAACAUUUUGUCCCACUGGAAAACAUUGCCUCCUGUUCUACUCCAUGUUGUCUUUAAAGCAGUAAAAAAAUCGAUGAACAAAACUCCAAUGGAGAUCUUAAGUUUGGAAGCCAAACUAAAUGCUAAAUGGAGACAAUCAGUAGACUACAAGACAUGGCUAAGAAAGCAAACAUCGUGGAUACAAGAAAAUAUAGACGAACAUGUAUCCUACUAUUUUGAAGAGCUCAAAUUGCCCAAAUCCGAAGAGAGUGUUGUUUAUAAAGCACCUCAAGUAGAAGACAAUGAUAAUGAUACGCCUAUGGUUUGCCCUGUUACUGGCCAAAAGGCUUCUUCAGCCAACGCAUGUCCUAUUUCGAUGUCAAAGGAGAGUCAAGGGAACACAGACACUAUAGAAGGAUCUAAUGAAUAA